AUGGAUUCUUCAGCUAAUAUAGACGAGAUUAAGGAAUUAUCACAUGACAACUUCACCCUGCAGGGACAAUUACAGAAAAUGUUAAACCUUUUGGAAAGAUGUAGAGCACGACUUAAUCGACUGAUGAAUUCGCUUACUGCUGCCCCUCCCAAUAAUUUACCAUGUGAGGAUAAUAGUAAAUCUACAGAUUCAGGAUCUAAUAUACAGCAUUCCGAAGAGAGUCCCAUGAUGCAAAGUAACCUUCCUGAUCCUGUUCUUAGGCGAGAAUCCAAAAGAAUUGCCGUCGAUGGAGUUCCUCAAGUUUCCUUCAUGGAGCUGGAGGAAUUUGAAGCUAUUCCUUAUUAUCUGCGAGGGAGACUGCGUGUUGAAGCAAUUAAUGAUUUUAUUGAGUUGAUCAAUGAUGCUGCAUACUACAAAUACAAGCUCUUGAAACUUCCUAGGCACAAAGUACCUAGGUACAAACUAAACGAUUACAGCGAAUACAAGAGGUUGGAGGCAGAUAGCGAAAAAGACACCAAAUUUAUAUUAGUCGAUGAUAUUGGUGCGAAUCCUCUCGAUAAGCAGACUAAAACUUUUUUGGCCAUGUUGCGCCAUGUGAAACGGAUUAAGGACAUAAGGAAUAGAGGGGUUACUAAAAUUAUUUUGCUUUAA